AUGAUUCCAGAUCUCACCAUUCGCCUCGUCGAUCUCGAGGUGAGGGAAGGCGGACGUCUCCUCGCAGUGGCUACAGGUCUCGAGAUGACUCCAGGAGGAGGACAUCUCCUCGUGGCAGCUACCGGGCUCGAGAUGAGACCAGGCAGAGGCCAUCCCUUCGCGACGGUUGUCGUAAUCGAGAUGAGUCCAGGAGGAGGAUAUCUCCUCAUGGCAGCUACCCGGCUCGAGAUGAGCCCAGGUCUCGCUACUCUCCUCGUCAAUCUCAAGAUAAGUCCAGGAGAACGUCUCCUCACAGUGGCUACAGGUCUCGAGAUGAGUCCAGGUCUCGCCAUUCGCCUCGUCAACCUCGAAGUGAAUCCAGGCGGAGGACACCGUCUCGCAGCGAUUACCAGACUCGAGAUGAGUCUACGUCCCGAUACUCACCUCGUCGAUCUCGGAACGAGUCCAGGGGGGCGUCUCCUCGCAGUGGCUACCGAACUCGAGAUGAUCCCAGGAGGACGCCUCCUCGCAGCAACUACCGAGCUCGUUCGCCUCUACGAUACCCACAUAUUGACAGUUUCCAGCCAAUCGAUAGGUCAGUACGGCGAUCCCAAUCACCACGAGCCUCCUACCAGGACCGAGGCUCUGAAGCCACUCUGCCUCCGGGAACUUACGGAGGAAUCCGUCGCCAGCGAGGAGCACGGUCACCGGUACGACGCGAUGACUGAUGGUCGUGUAGAAGGUACAGGCAUUUGGGGAAUUGGCAUUGAUUGGGUUGUCGUUUUGAAUUUUGAUGUCUUUCAGCAUGUCCUGCUCCCAGCUGAGAAGGAAACAACGUACGGGGCCACACAAUCACCGUCGAGGCAGGUAGAUUGCGGGUACUCAGGCAUAGCGACCACUGUUGAUCGAGGCUAG